CAGCUCCAUAUUAUUUGUUUUGUUCCCUUUCCAAAAUUUCUCUUUUUUUUAUUUGUUCUUCUUCUCCUUUUGCAUAUCCAUGCCUUAUGCUAUGCACCUAUAAAUAUGUGAUUCCCUUUCUUCUUUCUCUUUAACAAUCACACAAAUUAACCAAACCAAAACCCCACUUCCAAUUUUCUCUUCUACGUGCCUCUAGCUUGUUCUAAUUUGGCAUGGAAAACAUGAGGCUCAUGAGGAAACACAACACUACUCACACAUGCAUGGCCAAUAAUUCACACACACCUUCUUCUUCCCUAGCCAUGCACAAAGGUUCCCACAUGAUAUCCAAAACCAAACCAAAGAUUCGCAUAAUCCACAUAUUUGCACCCGAGAUCAUAAAAACGGAUGUGGAGAACUUCAGGGAGCUUGUGCAGAAGCUAACUGGGAAACCAAGUGGAGAAAAUUUGAAGUACUUUUGCAACAACAAGAAGAACAAGGCAAUUGCAAGAACAAGGGUUGUGGCAAAAAGAGAGGAAUUAGAAUCUUAUUCGAGUGAGAGUGGCAUGUCAGAGGAUCAUCACAACAACACAGUGAAAAUUAAUAAUAAUAACAAUAAUAAUAACAAUGGUGGGUAUUGUUGGGGAUUGGAUGUGACAAUAAGAGACAAAGUCAAAGAAGAGGUUAAUGGGGUUUGUUGCAGUGAUGAUCAAAGUAAUUCUUCUGGAGGAUACUUGGGUGGGUUCUCUGAUUUGGAAGGGUUCAUUUCUGAGAUUGGUGGGUUUCCUUUGCUUCCUUUGGAUGGGAAUCACAUGAUGCAAGGGUUAGAAGAAUCUCAGCUUCUAUAGGAUAGAUAUUUAUAUACGUUACUUAGAUCAUAUCAUAUAUAUAGCUAGAGAGAUAUGUCUUUCUUCAAUUUGGUGAUGAUUCAUAUGAAUAUAGCUUUUUUUGUUUGAUUAUGAAAUGUUAAUUUGGCUUUCUUAUGACAUAUAGAAUGGCUGACUUAUCAGUUUCAUUUCCA